CCGAGCCCGAGCUGGAGCCGGAGCCGGAGCCAAAGCCAAAGCUGGAGCUGGAACUGGUGGUUAGGUUAAGGAAGAGCGCAGCGGAGAGCCUCGCCUAGAAGGGACCUCGGGUCGGGUCGGGGUCGGAAUCGGGGUCGCCAGAGGGCGCGGAACCCGGCACCACUUGCGCAGCUGGCUGGCUGGCGGGCGGGCGCUGGCGGGCGGGCUUCCCAGUAAGAUGUGCAGAGCGCAGCGGGGCGCUCCUGACUCGCAGCCCCGCUCCGGACCCGGGCUCGGUGGCCAGGAGGUGGCGGCUACGGCCGCCGUGGUGGAGACGGUGAAGGCGGCGGCGGCGGAGGCUCCCGGGCUGCGCGCCGGCUGGUAGAGCGGCCGCCCCAGGGAGCGGAGCAGCCCGCCACGGCCGCGCCCCGGGGAGGCUCGGCGCCCAACGAUGACCCGUCCCUGGCGGCGUCUCCAGAGUCUGGUUUGGGAAUACUGGGCCGGGCUCCUGGUUUGCGUGCUCUGGAUUCAGGACUCUCGGGGAAUGCCCCAUGUCAUCCGGAUAGGGGGAAUCUUUGAGUAUGCAGAUGGACCCAAUGCCCAGGUCAUGAAUGCAGAGGAACAAGCCUUCCGAUUUUCUGCCAACAUCAUCAACAGGAACAGGACUUUGCUGCCCAAUACCACCUUGACCUAUGAUAUUCAGAGAAUACACUUCCAUGACAGCUUUGAAGCCACUAAGAAAGCUUGUGACCAGCUGGCCCUGGGGGUCGUAGCCAUUUUUGGACCUUCCCAGGGUUCUUGCACCAAUGCAGUCCAGUCCAUCUGCAAUGCCCUGGAAGUACCCCACAUCCAGCUGCGCUGGAAACACCAUCCCUUGGAUAACAAAGACACCUUCUAUGUGAAUCUCUACCCUGACUAUGCAUCCCUCAGCCACGCCAUCCUUGAUCUCGUCCAGUAUCUGAAAUGGCGGUCAGCGACUGUGGUGUAUGAUGACAGCACAGGCCUCAUCCGACUGCAGGAGCUCAUCAUGGCCCCAUCGCGCUACAAUAUCCGCCUGAAGAUCCGCCAGCUCCCCAUCGACUCAGAUGACUCCCGGCCCCUGCUCAAGGAAAUGAAGAGAGGCCGAGAAUUCCGCAUCAUCUUUGACUGUAGUCACACUAUGGCUGCUCAGAUCCUCAAGCAGGCCAUGGCGAUGGGGAUGAUGACCGAGUAUUACCACUUUAUCUUCACAACUCUGGACCUUUAUGCAUUAGACUUAGAACCCUACCGCUACUCUGGAGUCAAUCUAACAGGGUUCCGGAUCCUCAAUGUGGAGAACCCCCAUGUCUCAGCCAUUGUAGAGAAGUGGUCCAUGGAGAGGUUGCAGGCGGCACCUCGGGCUGAGUCUGGCCUGCUGGACGGGGUGAUGAUGACAGACGCAGCCUUGCUCUAUGAUGCUGUUCAUAUCGUCUCUGUGUGCUACCAGCGGGCCCCACAGAUGACCGUCAAUUCCCUGCAGUGUCACCGUCACAAAGCCUGGCGCUUUGGAGGCCGCUUCAUGAAUUUCAUCAAAGAAGCUCAAUGGGAAGGAUUAACUGGACGGAUUGUUUUCAACAAAACCAGUGGCUUAAGGACUGAUUUUGACUUGGAUAUCAUCAGCCUGAAGGAAGAUGGCUUGGAGAAGGUGGGUGUGUGGUGUCCUGCUGAUGGCCUCAAUAUCACAGAGAUUGCUAAGGGUCGGGGUCCCAACGUCACUGACUCCUUGACCAACAGAUCCCUCAUUGUCACCACUGUGCUGGAGGAGCCCUUCGUCAUGUUCCGGAAGUCAGACAUGACCCUCUUUGGGAAUGACCGGUUUGAGGGCUAUUGCAUUGAUCUGCUGAAGGAACUGGCCCACAUCCUGGGCUUCACUUAUGAGAUCCGGCUGGUGGAAGAUGGGAAGUAUGGGGCACAGGACGAGAAAGGCCAGUGGAAUGGCAUGAUUAAGGAGCUGAUUGACCAUAAGGCAGAUCUGGCUGUAGCCCCUCUGACCAUCACUCACAUCCGGGAAAAAGCCAUCGACUUCUCCAAGCCCUUCAUGACCCUCGGCGUCAGUAUCCUGUACCGAAAACCCAAUGGCACCAACCCUGGCGUAUUUUCCUUCCUCAAUCCCUUGUCUCCUGAUAUCUGGAUGUAUGUUCUUCUUGCCUAUCUGGGUGUCAGCUGUGUUCUCUUCGUCAUUGCCAGGUUCAGCCCCUAUGAAUGGUAUGACGCACAUCCCUGUAACCCUGGCUCAGACAUUGUGGAGAACAACUUCACUUUACUCAACAGCUUCUGGUUUGGGAUGGGCUCCCUGAUGCAACAAGGCUCUGAACUGAUGCCCAAAGCCCUGUCCACAAGGAUUAUUGGAGGCAUCUGGUGGUUCUUCACACUGAUCAUCAUCUCUUCAUACACGGCCAAUCUGGCAGCCUUCCUGACAGUGGAGCGGAUGGAAUCUCCCAUUGACUCCGCGGACGACCUGGCCAAGCAGACCAAGAUUGAGUACGGGGCAGUCAAGGAUGGGGCCACCAUGACCUUCUUCAAGAAAUCCAAGAUUUCCACAUUUGAGAAGAUGUGGGCCUUCAUGAGCAGCAAACCCUCAGCCCUGGUGAAGAACAAUGAGGAAGGUAUCCAGAGAGCCCUGACAGCCGACUAUGCCCUGCUCAUGGAAUCCACAGCCAUUGAGUACAUCACUCAGAGGAAUUGCAACCUCACCCAAAUUGGAGGUCUCAUCGACUCCAAAGGCUAUGGGAUCGGCACGCCUAUGGGUUCCCCCUAUAGAGACAAGAUCACCAUUGCCAUCCUCCAGCUCCAAGAAGAGGACAAGCUUCAUAUCAUGAAGGAGAAGUGGUGGCGAGGGAAUGGCUGCCCAGAGGAGGAGAACAAGGAAGCUAGUGCUCUGGGCAUCCAGAAGAUCGGGGGAAUCUUCAUUGUGCUCGCUGCAGGGCUGGUCCUCUCUGUGCUGGUGGCUGUGGGAGAGUUCAUCUAUAAACUCCGAAAAACAGCAGAGCGGGAACAGGGAAUAACACCAGGCCUCCUCCUCCCUCUUCCUUCCAGCGUUCAUUCUGCAGCACUGUGGCUGACGAAAUCCGAUUCUCCCUCACCUGCCAGCGACGGGUCAAACACAAGCCUCAGCCACCAGUCAUGGUCAAAGCCGACGCUGUCAUCAACAUGCACACAUUCAAUGACCGUAGACUCCCGGGCAAGGACAGCAUGACCUGCAACACUGCACUGGCGCCCGUGUUCCCCUAGGGCUGGAGCAAGGCCAAGGGCUGGCAAGAGGCAGUUCCUCCAGGGCAAAGGUUGGGGAUACAAGGAAAGUUCCUCCUUCCAAGGUGGUGGGCAGUGAAGAAAUCUGGCCCCAUCCCCCCUUGCCCACCUACAAGGAACCUACCAGACAUACCCCCGCCUGUGGUUUUGGGGAUGGGGUGGGUAGUAGGUGGGGGCUUCUUGUUUGUCUCUCUCUUCCUCUAAAGCAGAAGAGACAAAAUUGAAGAAUUCACACACACACACACACACACACACACACACACACACACACAUACACAUCCCUCCCUCAGGCUGAACACUCCCCUUCUUCUAAACAGGGAAUCAUCCAGGGGACCAUGACAAAAGGGCUCUUUGCCAGCAGCCUUUUGGAGGGGGGUAUCAAAUCUCCAUGUUUAAAACUCUGUCCCAUGGGCUUCCAGGAGCAUGGCAAUUGUUACAAACAACAACAGCCACUUUGAUUGAGGAGGAACGGCCAUCAGUGUGGACAGAUGGACAAUCACAUGCCCAUAGGACGAAUGGACUGGAAAAAAGCUCUGUUGUACAUUGACUGCUGGUCUCAUCCUGAGUAACAAAGAGAAUCGAGGCCCACUGGCCUUAGACAGGGACAGAGCUCCUAUUGGUGGUGAUAGAACGGCCCAGGAAGAAGCAACACUUUGAACUCAUUAUAGAUGAGACACCUCUUUUUGUAAUGAGCCGAGAGGACUUGGGUAGGGGGAGGUAAUGAAUUCGUCAACAAAUUCUUCCAGACCCAAGGGACAGAUGUCUGUCUUCUUGCCCCUCUUGGAGAAAGUCCAAAGACUCCAGCCACCAGUCCUUGGCCUCCAAAGUCAGGCAAGAAGACAUAUUUCAUGGAAAAGGGAAUUGGCUCUCAAUCACAGCAACCAAGCCAUUGCCAGAGCUAGGCUAAUAUUCACUUGGAGCCUGAAGAUUUUGUUGGAUAUAUCCUGCCUCCUUUGACAUUGACUUUUUUCUAUCCAUCUCCCUCUGUUGGGGGGACAAACAAGGAGAAAUGAGCUCUUGGCCCAAGUUAGAGAGGAAGCCAAGUCUCAUUUUUCAGAGCAUAAAUGAGCCUUGGGCUAGGAAGCAUCCUGUAGAGGCUGACAUCUAGGAACAUGGAGAGGACCAGUGGUUGAAAAGAUGACCACAAAGGUCCUGACCUUCAGGACCUUUCAGAAACUGUGAGCUUGUUUCCAAUGGCAAUUCUGGGCAAUGUCUUAUCUCCCCAGGGUGGGAGAGGGAAACUGUGCCUAGAAGCAUUAACCAAAGACCCCACAAGGUGGCCUCCAUCCAGGUCACCCCUCAACUCCUCUCUUCAUUCCCCCUGGAGUGGUGGGGACACUGUGGUGCUUUGGGGGACUGGCCAGAAAAGUGGGCAACAGGGAAUGCUAGAAGGAACAAAGUGUACUUAAGGAAGGCACUAUUUGGCCUGAGAAGUUCUUCUUGAGCAGAAGGAUUGCCCUAUGUGGAAAGCAUUCAUCAGGGUGGGGGCCAGAGUGAAGGCUCCAAAACCUGGCUCAAACAUAAUGCUUCAGUCCUGCCCUAACUUCCCAGCUCUGCUGAAGUGACCUUGAUAUUGAGGAGUUAGUUUGAUUCCUGUGGGCUUCUCAUUAAAAAAAAAAAGGGGGGGCUCUCUGAAUUGUCCUACUCCUUUCCCAGUCCCUAGGAAAGCAGCCAACUUCUGUGUUCUGAGGAUGACCCCCUGGUUCUGGGAUUAGGCAGAGUAGACAAAGAGCACCCCAUGCACUGCAGAUAAACGGGGGUACCCUCUCUAUAGCCCAUGGACUGAGGGACAGACCCAGUGCCUGUACAGGGUCGCCACAUGUCCCCAACUCUGAUUGGGUAGACAAUGUUUGGGGUGGGGUGGGCUGAUUGACCAUGCACUAUAGCCAAAAUCCAUUCACUAAUAAGACAAGCCAUGAUGUAAUGGAGUUUCUCAGUAUAUGUGUAUGUAUGUGUGUAUGUGUGUGUGUAUAUAUGCACACAUAUACAUGUCUAGCUAAUGUCAGGAACAGGGAAGAACAAUUAGUAAAUCAGAGUCCUGUUUAUACUUCUUUUGUGAAGGAAAAUGCUUUCUAAGAGACCGUGUUUGGAUUCCAGUUUCCAGCACAUCAAGUGCAUAAAAGUUUUGACUCUGUCUAAACCAAGCUCUUCAUCAUUAACCUCUGGUCCCUCAUCUUACUAUUUUUAAAUGAAGUAACAGGACAUUAAAUGCAGACUUGUCUAAUUGCUCUUCCCUUUGUGGUUAUUAACCACUGUUCAUCAUUAGAAUAUAUUUCAUAGAAUACAUGCAUACACAGCCAUAUAUAAAAUGGAUCUGUAUGCAUCAAUAUAUUCUCACGGGAGUGUGCAAAAAACACUAAGUGAGACGAUUUGUGUGUGUGGAAUUUCUAUGGAAGAAACAAGCAACAAUCACAAUAGCUACACACCCUUGAGGCAAACCUUAAAGCAGUCAGAUGGUUUCUGGUUUCCUUUGCUGGAAAGGAAUGAUGCCAUGUAUUUAUAUGUUAGAGUUAGACCAGAGUCCCAGAUAGAGUUAGAAGGGAGCUCCAAGUUAGCAUCUUAACAUUAACCAGAAAGGAUGGAUGGCUAAUGUUCAGUAUCCCUGUAAACUCUAACUCUGAAAACACUGUUUCAGAGAUGUGUGAAUGGCCAGAUCAUAUCACUAGAAACAACCAAAAAGGAAGGUAUGUUUCCACUUCCCCGAAGUGUUAGUUGUGGAGUUCAGGGUGCUUAUUGGACAUUAGCCGGGUCAUUAGGGUAAUGUCAGAAUAAGGGUUGUAACACAUAUCUACUCGUGAUUAAAAUGUUAAGAGAUGGUUAAACAUUACAGUUUGCUGGUGAAAAAACCCAAGUUGGGAUAGCGCCUCUCGGCCACUUGUCUCAGCAUCAGUCUUUCCUCCAAGGAUUCUGAAGAUACCAUUGAUCUCCCAUCAUCCAGCUACUGUUCUAUACUUUCUUGACCAAAAUGACCAAUUUGGCAUCUGGCAGUGAGAUAAAUUCUCCAGAAUUUCUCUCUCUCUCUCUCUCUCUCUCUCUCUCUCUCUCUCUCUCUUUUUCUCUUUCUCUCCUUCCUCAACACUGCCUGCCAUUCAGAACUCCUUGUAUUUGGACCAAUAAGAAAGAGUCAAGGAAGAUUUCUUUAUUGAGCCUACUGUAUCAGCCCAGCCUCAAGAACGUCUCUGGUGGGGGGGAGGGAAGGGAGCUCUCCCUCAGCCAAUUGCCUGGAAAAAGCAACUACUUCAAGGGACAAAAAUGGCCUCUUUCUCAAUGGAGCCACGUGGCUGCCUCCUUUGGAAAGAAAACUAAAGCCUGGAACCUAGCAGGCAGGAAGAGAGUUGGCCUGGUUCAUGGAUGCACUGACAGAUUAGCCAUCAAUGGGAUCCAGGAGCUGUGCCCCUUCCCUAAACACAGAGGGAGGCAGAGACUAAACACAGCUAUAGACUGGCCAGUCCUUGGUUGGGGGCUUUCUACUCCUCCCCUUCACUCUCUUCCUCCCUCUCUUUGUUUUUUGUUUUGUUUUGUUUUUCUUUUGUGGUUGGGAAGCCAUGUUGGGGGGGGAGGCUGGGAGACGCAUUUACUAUUCAGGCUUUUUGCAAAUGUUCCUCCAUCACACAGCAUGAAGUAGCUGAUCCCUUCCCCCAGAUGCUCCAACUGUGCAGGAAGACAUCUGGAAUUAACCCAGCUGCCUUCAGCAGCAGAAACUCCUGCUGAUGCCCUUCGCCCGGACCCUCCUCUUAAUGCUAGUCUGAAGACGGCAGCAGUGGGUCGACACUUCAUUUACAAUUCUUGGGCAUUGCUUUGGGAGUAGAGACAGCAGCUCCCAUAACUUUCCUUUGGUAGAAAGCAAAGUUCUGUAUAAUAUAUAUAUAUGUGAAU